UUUGCGCGUGCGUCUCAGGCCGGACUACGGGGCGCCGCAGACCCAAGUGAGAGAAAGGGACAAGGCUGCAGGCUCGGAGCCCGGCCCCCUCAAGCCGCGCGUUUGGGUCACGUGACAUGAAGGGCACCGAAUUCCUCUGGAGUCAGCGCCAUUUCCCGUAGGUGAAGGCCGAAGUAUCCUGGGGGUCAGAGAAGCCUCCUGUUGCGAUGUGACCUUGACCCACGGCCUGGGGCGGGUGUCAGGCUCGGGCGCUCGCAGAGGGCAGAGGUCUAGCUUUAAGGGAUGGGCGCGCCCGCUAGCUUGGGGGCGUGGCCUCGUCCUUCUAGGUGGUGUAGACUUGGGGUGGGCGGGCUCACCAUUGGGGCUGAGAUUUGGACCCAGGUGUAAAAGAGGCGGGGCUUCCCAUCUAUUCUUUGAGAAACAGGUGGCGAGUCAUGGAGACCCUCACGGCCGCCGCCCCUGCUGGGAGCUUCUUCCCCUCUUUCCUGCUCUUGGCCUGCGGGACGCUAGUGGCCGCCCUGCUGGGCUGCGCGCACCGCCUGGGGCUCUUCUAUCAGUUGAUGCACAAGGUGGACAAGGCGAGCAUCCAGCAUGGCGGGGAGAAUGUGGCAGCUGUGCUGAGGGCCCACGGCGUGCGGUUCCUCUUCACCCUGGUCGGCGGGCACAUUUCCCCCAUACUGGUGGCUUGUGAGAAGUUGGGCAUCCGCGUGGUGGACACACGCCACGAAGUCACAGCUGUCUUUGCCGCUGAUGCUGUGGCCCGCCUGACCGGGACCGUGGGCGUAGCAGCAGUGACAGCGGGCCCUGGCCUCACCAACACGGUGACUGCAGUGAAGAAUGCCCAGAUAGCUCAGUCGCCAGUCCUGCUUCUGGGUGGGGCCGCCAGCACCCUGCUGCAGAACCGGGGUGCGCUCCAGGCCAUUGAUCAGAUGGCCCUGUUUAGGCCACUGUGCAAGUUUUGUGCUUCUGUGCGGAGGGUGCGGGACAUCGUGCCCACCCUGAGGGCUGCGAUGGUGGCUGCCCAGUCGGGGACCCCAGGCCCAGUGUUUGUGGAGCUUCCCGUUGAUGUGCUGUACCCCUACUUCAUUGUCCAGAAGGAGAUGGUGCCAGCCAAGCCGCCCAAGGGCCUCGUGGCUCGAAUGGUCACCUGGUACUUAGAGAAUCACCUGGCCAACCUCUUUGCAGGAGCCUGGGAGCCUCGGCCUGAGGGGCCUCUGCCUCUGGACAUUCCGCAGGCAUCCCCCCAGCAGGUUCAGCGCUGUGUGGAAAUCUUGAGCCGAGCCAAAAGGCCCCUUGUUGUGCUGGGGAGCCAGGCUCUGCUGCCCCCGACACCUGCUGACAGACUUCGGACUGCCGUGGAGACCCUUGGCAUCCCCUGCUUCCUGGGAGGGAUGGCACGAGGACUGCUGGGCCGCAACCACCCCCUCCACAUCCGGCAGAACCGCAGCGCUGCUCUGAAGAAAGCAGACGUGGUCCUCCUGGCAGGAAUCGUGUGCGACUUCCGCCUGUCUUACGGCCGUGUCCUCAGCCGCAGCAGCAAGAUCAUCAUCGUCAACCGUAACCGGAAAGAGAUGUUGAUGAACUCAGACAUGUUCUGGAAGCCCCAGGAAGCCGUGCAGGGAGACGUGGGCUCCUUUGUGGUGACGCUGGCGGAGGGCCUGAAGGGCCAGACGUGGGCCUCAGACUGGGCAGAGGAGCUUCGGCAAGCUGACCGGCAGAAGGAGCAGACCUUCCGGGAGAAGGCAUUGACGCCUGUAGGCCAGCACCUGAACCCGGUGCGGGUACUGCAGCUUGUGGAGGAGAUUCUGCCUGACAACACGAUUCUGGUGGUCGAUGGUGGAGACUUCGUGGGCACUGCCGCCCACCUGGUGCAACCCCGUGGCCCCCUGCGCUGGCUUGAUCCUGGGGCCUUUGGGACUCUGGGGGUUGGUGCAGGAUUUGCACUCGGGGCCAAACUGUGCCGGCCAGAUGCCGAGGUGUGGUGCCUGUUUGGAGAUGGAGCCUUUGGCUAUAGCCUCAUUGAAUUUGACACCUUUGUGAGACACAAGAUCCCAGUGAUUGCCUUGGUGGGGAAUGAUGCUGGCUGGACCCAGAUCUCUCGGGAGCAGGUGCCCUGUCUGGGCAGCAAUGUAGCCUGUGGCCUGGCUUACACCGAUUAUCACAAGGCAGCCAUGGGACUUGGGGCCCAGGGCUUGCUGCUCUCCCGGGAGAAAGAUCAGGUGGUCGAGGUGCUUCGUGACGCUCAACAGCAGUGCCGAGAUGGCCACCCGGUUGUGGUCAACAUCCUCAUUGGGAGGACAGACUUCCGAGAUGGCUCCAUUGCUGUGUAGGGCCUCAUGGGUCAGUACCCUUGGCUCCCUUCCCACCCCUGGACUGUACCUAGCUGGUUGAGAGCCUCACCCUUGCCUACCUGGACCUGGCCUAUGAGGUCCACUGACUCCACAACCGUCCAAGAAGACAGGGUGGGGCUGCAGGGGUCAGAGCUCAGAGAAGCUCCGUGGCAGCACCCGGGAGCUCCUGGGCUUUUUUUCUCUGCGGGGGACAACUGCCCUUCUCUCCCUUCCUCUCUUCCACGCUUAAUAAACCACUUCUGGUCCGUGUGGGCCCAAGUACUCAUCCCA